AUGGGAAAUAGCUCCACUUUCGUUAAAACUUCCAAGCAAGUGAAAGACGCGCCAUCUUGUAACAUGCGACGCCGAGGCUAUUGUGUGAUUCAGCAGCAAAGCACAUUGAGGAAAAGUCGUUCAAAUAACGCCACUAGGCCCUUGGGUAGUUCUGUGUUGCAGCUGGCGAGUCUCUGGCCUGUCACUCACCUACAACAGAGGAUCAAAUCAGUUUUUUUCACUCGGGCCUGCUGCAAGCCCAUACAAGCGAUCCGAAGCAUUCUCUGUAAAGAGGCGCCCUCAGCAGACGUCAAGCUGGCGACCGUAGCAGGAAAGAAAGGCAAGAAGGCUGAGGAGGAGGAGCAGCCUGCAGCACCUGCAGCAGCAGCCCCAGCGGCAGCGGCAGCAGCAACAGCAACAGCAACAGCAGCAGCAGCAGCAGCGGAGGAGGAGGAAGAGGAGGAAUAUGUGGUGGAGAAGGUUUUGGACCGCCGAGUGGUGAAGGGCAAAGUGGAGUUUCUGUUGAAAUGGAAGGGGUUCUCAGAUGAGGAUAAUACAUGGGAGCCAGAGGAGAACCUGGACUGUCCGGACCUUAUUGCAGAGUACAUGCAGAAACACAAAGAGAAAGAGGAGAAAAAGAAGGAGAGCAAGAGGAAAGCUGCAAGUGAGGCCUCUGGAGACUCAGAAGACCGAGGGAGCAAGAGGAAGAAAGAGGAGGGUGAGAAGGCCAGAGGUUUUGGUAGAGGUCUGCAGCCAGAGAGGAUUAUUGGAGCGACAGACUCAAGUGGAGAGCUGAUGUUCCUCAUGAAGUGGAAGAACUCUGAUGAGGCCGACCUCGUCCCUGCCAAAGAGGCUAACGUCAAAUGUCCCCAGGUGGUCAUCUCUUUCUAUGAGGAGCGCCUCACCUGGCACUCUUACCCCACAGAGGAGGAGGAGAAGAAAGAGGAGGAGAAAAAAGACUAGAUGAGUAGAGGAGGCGGCGGAUUGUGGAGGUGUAGGUUGGGAAAUCAACUAUAUGCUGGUGAACUGUUGUCUAAGUUAGUUGACUCUAGCAGCCACUUUGGCAGAGAAAGUGAUUUAAAAAAAAAAAAAAAAAAAUCAUCCCAAAUCAUUGGGAUUGAGCUGCCAAUGUAGCUGUCAGAGGAAAAAAGAAGUUUGUUUUCCUGCCCUGGAAGGAGACAGGCAUACUUUCCUCAAAAGAUGCUCCCACUUGUGUCUCGAAUGAAAAUGUAAUUUAAAAAAAAAUUUUUUAAGGAGGUAUGUUGACAUUUGGCCUGUCCCAUUUGCAUUUUUUCCCUCACCAAGAACGUGUCACUUGAUGGGAGUUGGUGCCUUUGUUCCUCCUUGGUGUCACAAGCAGAAUAUUGAACUGAAUACAGUGAAAUGAUUAUAAAGUGUCUUCCUACAUUUAGUGACAAGUGCUUGGUGUCGUAAAUAUAGGAAUAGAACGCAAGCUGUCAAGCUACCUCCUUAAUAUAUGCAUUCAUCUGAGAAGCAAACUAAGUGUUUAGCUGUGGCUGGAAAGUUUGUCUCUCCUCCCAAUCAGUGGUCCUUAUUUAGAAGUCCUGUUUUUAAAAUGUAUUAGCUAUUAAAAUGGUGAAAGUGGCCGGUGAAUUGCAGCGGUUUGGAGAGGACAAACUUCCCUUCCUGUUUAGUCAGGAUACACUGGAGGGAACUUCUUUUGAAAAGGAAAGAAGUGAGGUAUUAUGGAGGAGUGAAAGAACGGACAGAAACCAUUUGUCUCUUUCAGUAUCUGUUCUGUUUGUGCCACCUGGGUUUUCAUUAUUGCUGACGUAAUCCGUUCUUCAUGUGAAACUCUCAAACACCAAAUGACGACUGUACAUUUCACUCUGACAUUUACAAAAAGAUGAGGAGUCUACAUGAAAAGACCAGCAGUCCUUGACUUUAGCCUCUGUCCUACCAGCCAAUAUGGCAACCAACCAGCCAGUGUUCAGAUGUCCGGCAGUUGUGUGCUAGAACAGUUUUUAAAAUAGCUGACAAAGUUUUCCUUCAUUCCAGCCGUGGAUGGUGCUGCAGCUUGCUGUUUGUUGCCGGUUUUAUUUUAUCAUUUUUUUUAAUUAGAACUGUUGAACAAGUCUGUAUUUUAUCAAGCUAUGAGUUAAGGUUUUUGUGCUCAUUUGGUGGAGGCUCAGGAGCAAACUUGAGUGUUUGCUGUGAAUGUAAAACUGUCAAUAUGGCAUAUUUCGUAUGACGGUCAUAUGCUUUCUUGAUGUUAAGGUGUAAAAUGGGAAGUUAUGCUCUUAAUGGGUCUGAGUCAGUCUUGGUAUCUUCUUAAACACGUGAGGACAGUAGUCAGACACAUGGUAAGUAUUAUUUAUUCACCGGCCAUUUUCACUACUUCACGAGCCCAGAGUAUUUGUUUUAUAGCAAGCCAAAUAGUCACCUGAAAACAGGGCUAGAAGAACAAUGGAUACAGAAGACGUGAGCCUUAUGUGAGUACACAGAUUUCAGUUCAAUUCCUGGUAGCUGUGGCUGGUUUGAUUCCCAAACUUUUCAAGCUAGUUCAGCAAUUUUUUUGAGUUAUUUCUUUCAAUGGAUCUGAGGCUGGUUGGUUACCUGUCAAAAUGGCGGGUACACUGUACACACUUAACAGCUAUAGCAAGAUCAGCAUCUGGCUGAUUUGUAAUUUCCACUCUGUGAUGAGCACACUGUUUGACUUCAUGUAAAGAGUUACAUAUAGCAGAUUCUCGUAUAACGGCUAUUGUUACACUGGUUCAGACAGUUAGGAAUGGCAUUCCAAGGCUUAUGUCAAACCAAGGACUUGCCUGAAGAAGCUGAGAUGCCCUUUGACCUAUAGACUAGAGGGGAGAGGAAUCAAAAACCGAUUGAUGAUCAUUCAGACAGAAACACAUCAUACAGCUAGAAUGGACACUGCUAGGCUGAGAGUCUGCAGACCAAGAGCACCACUGUUCUUCUAAAGUUUUUUGUUUUUGUUUUCUUUUGUUUUCUUUUUUAAUGGAUUUUCUCUGGAAAAUCUGAUACAGGGGGGUCAUCAUUUAGGUAGCAUUUUUCAAAAGCAAGCAAAAAGAUCUAAAUUGAUAAAUCAGCCAGGUCAAUAUUAGCGUAUUGCAAAUAAAUCAUAAUUGGCAUAUGUGUAACCUUAUAAAUGACAGUAAAUUGAAGUACAGAAAUGCCAAAGAUAUGUUUUGAAACAGUGUCGUCAUUCUCUUUGUCCACCAGAGUAGUGACAAGCUUAUUUUUUUUAACUGUACGGUAUAGGAUAUGGCAUAGGACUCUGUGGUCCUCAGUACAUUUCUUGGUCGCAGUUAUUAAAAAAAACAAAAAAACAAAUUUAAGGGAAUCUUAUCAUAAAUGUUUAUUUAUGUUAUGGGUUGUGUAAAGAAAAUGAGUAUCAGUCGUCAUUGGAUUUUUUUAAAACUCUCAAAUGUCAAUAUCAUUAUUAGCCUCACAAAUCCUGUUUCGGUCGGGCUAUAAUCAGAAUGCUGGGAUGCUUUGAACAACUGGAGUUAGUUCUACCGUGUAUAUAAAAUGGAGAAGCUAUCGUUGAGGUGCUGUAACGAGCUUUUCUAACAGGUGACCAUCAGAUGUGUUUAACACCUCCCGUACCUGAAUUAACAGUGUGGGCCCGGACUGUGAGACUUCUGCUAUUACAUAACAAGAGGGCAGCUGUGUCAAACUCAGUGUGAGAACUGACCGGCCAUAUGCUAGUAAAUUGUUGGCUGUAGUUCAUACAUUCAGCUACUCUGCCAGACACUUUGGCAUAAGACCAGCCAACAAGAUUGUUUGGCUGAUGAAAAGGCAAAAGGGGUUUGUUAAUUCUCCUGUCACUUUGUCUGAUAGGUGGAGGUUUCCUGAUGAGACUUGGGCUCUACCACUCAGUAGAUGUGUGCUCCAUAACAAACACAACUGGGUUUACUGCUAGUGGAGAUGAUUGAAAGUAUGUUAAAUAAUCUUCAUUUCCACACCCUUGUUUUUAACCUUGACACGCACUUUGGCACGUGUGUUUUCUAGCCUGUAUUAUUUUAGCUUGCACUGGCCGGGCAGCACUCAAGACAUGAUGAUUCAGCACAUUUUGAGUGGUUCCUCUUGCUUGCAGACCGUCCUAUGUUCAACACACAUUUUCAUAUUUGCAAAAAUAGAAUAAAACUUUUGAAUUCAGCAUGAUUAACAUAAUCACUUCAUAUGAGAUGUCUUUCUCUGGUGUUUUCUCUGCUAUCUAACGUUUCCCAGUGUUUUAUGUGUUGAAUGUAGCCCGGCUGUGCUUAUUUCCAGGUAUACUGUAUUAAAGCUAAUAUUGUAGCUUCCUCUGUUAGCGGAUCUGGGUUAGCUAGUUCAAAUCCCCUUUCUCUGAACUGUUUGCUCCAGGUGGCCUUUUGCUGCUCUGAGAACCGAUCUUGAAGAGAGAAUUUAAUUCUGAAAAUAUUUUUCUUAAUUAUAUUUUUCUAUUUCCAGUGGACAUUGUCUUUCUUCUUCACCUCGCACUGCCUCAUGUAACAACCCUUGACACAGCAGCUAUUUUUUAAUAUGUACUUUUUUUUUUUUUUUUUUUUUUCCCAGAAUUUGAGUGUUUUAGUGAGCCCUAACCCUCAAUGACAUCUUAUGGAGGACAUGUACUAAGUUAUAGCAGUAAGCUACAUAACAAGCGACCACAGAUUGUUUAAGCAAAUCAAAAUGAUCACUGUACUUUACACAGAGAGGCCAGACGAUGACUAGAAAAGAUACUCGUGAUAAACUUGACCGGCACCAUCUGUGUGAUAUCUUUUGACCUAUAUUUGUCUUCCUCUCAGACCUAACUACAGGUAAUAUGUGAAAAUAAUUUUUCCUUUCUGGCAUAAGUUGGCUCAGCUGUACUUAGUUUGUAGUAUUUGAAGUCAAACUUCAGACUCUAAGGUAGAAGUGCUAAUUGCUAAUGCUGUUGUUUAGUAUAACUAUGCCGUGUCUAAUCUUACCCUUUCUAUUUGUCUGUUUUUUCACCCAAGUUAAUAUAUUAUUCAGUAAAAAAAAAUUUUUUGCUAUUCUGGCCUGUGUAAUUGUGUACAUCAGUAUUAUGACUAAAAUGUUCUGCACUCUUGAGUGCCCUCUGUUACUUCUCCAUUGACAGGAAGGGAUUGAAUUAGCUGUACCUGGGUCUGCUAGUUAGCAUUUCUAUCUUGUCUCUGAAACUUUUCUCUGUAUUUAGCAGAUUAGCUUGUGUUGUCUUGUUGCUUGUAUAUGGGUUUCCCUUGGAAUGUCACUGUCAUGGCUGAUCUUCCUUUGAUUGUCUGUUUUGGACAAUAAAGGUUUUUCGUUUUAAUAA